ACGCCCUCUCUCAUCAGGAAAUAGGCGGAGCCAACUAUCGCCCACCUGCGCGCACCCGAGCAAAUCAAGGGGCGUGCGGCUCCAACUUAAGGGCAGGAGAGACUAGUUGUUUGAACCAGGAAAUCGCUAACGGGACGUGAGGAUUUGUUUCUCACGGAGGCAUUCCUGGAGCUGUGCAGGAUUUAAGACCAUUCAAAGACUGAAUAGAACAGCCGGUUUUUCACCUGUAAGCUGCUGUAAGCUGCUGUAAGCUGCUGUGAGCUACUGUAAGCUGCAAAUAUCUGGGCUGCCAAGAGAAAAAACUAAAUAAAAAAGAAAGGAGGAUAAAGAUCAAAGUGGCCUGGUUAUUGAGUGGAACCCAGUUUUAACAUUCAGGAAUGGUUACCGUCCGAUCAAGUGCGGGUUAAGCACAGCAAAGUUGGAGGUACACUUGACAGUGAAAAACCGCUGAAGCUGGCCCAAGAAGAAGCAGCUGCCGAGCUUCGGUCGAGCCCAUCCGCAACUCCUGCCAAUCCCGGUGGGCCAAUUUAAAGUUCUGUCCAAAGCCCAAAAUGGCUGAGUCAAAGUCUCUGCAGCAGUUAAAGCGUGAGAGAACGACUGCCAAACAGCGGUUUUCCCGACAGGCAAACUCAGUAUUGAAGUCUUGCAAGAAGAUGUCGGCGGAAGAACUGGUCGAAGCCUUCAGCAAGGUUGCGCUGGAGGCUGACCGAGUGAUGGAGGCAAAUGAGGAGGUGGAAAGUGCCUGUACUGAGGAAUCCUCCAAAGAAGAUGGAAGUACAGACACUAAGAAGGCUUCAGAAGAGUGUGAACAAAAGCUUGAGGAAGUGGAGGCAGCAGUUCAGAGGGUUCUAUGGCAAAGUUUUGGCUACCCGGAAUUGUCCCUAGCAUUGGAGGCAGCUGAAAAGGAGUGCGAACGGCUGGAGGAAAGUAAAUCUGGCCUGAAGUUGGAGGUAUAUGAGUUAAUGCUUAGCAACCUUGAAGGGCUGGCAAAAGCAGCAAAAGAAGCCAUCCGGCGAUGGACUCGCUGGAUUCCAGAGGAAGAGCGGUCGGACUAUCAAAAGCGCAUGAGGCGUGUGGAAGGUUGGCUACUUGACUUGAUUUCAGGGAAAGCCACCAUAUUACAGGCGAAGCUGGAGAACGAGGGAUCCCUAAGAGGAACCCUACACCGGUCACCCGCUAUCAAAUUAAGGCCAACAGCACUCCCGCAGUUUGAUGGAAAUAAGCGAAACUUCUACCUCUGGAAGAAAGAAUGGGAAGCGCUCCAAGAGCAAGGCGAGCCUACUGGCUCCAAGGAGGUGAGGAAAUUUCAGCUGAUGGAUAGCCUCGAGGAAAAAGUAGCGAGAGACCUCCGCUUGUCAACCUAUGGAACAGCGGAAGAAAUCUUUCGUGUCCUUGGAAACCGUUUUGGAAACAAGACAGAAAUUGCCCUGGAAAUUGUUGAAGAGCUGCAGAUGCUGGCACCGGUGAAAAGUUACCAACCCAGGAAGAUUGUGGACUUGAUCCAGGUUGUUGAAAAAGCCUUGUAUGACCUCAACGGAUUAGGAGAUACGGGCGCCUUGAAAAAUCCACUUGUCACAAAGUCCCUGGAGAGCAAGCUGCCGGACAGCUUAAAGAAGGAGUGGUUGGUCCAUGUAUCAGAAGAAGAGGAGACCGAAUCGACUGGAAACAGGUUUGACAUGCUCCUUAAGUUUCUGAGAGGUCAGGAGAAAAUUUAUGAGCAACUCGACCAAUUAAAGGAUGAAGACCCCAGCAGGAGAGGAGGAGGAAUCCCACAAAAGCACGCUCGAACAAAGUCCACCCACUUCUCAAACUCCCAAGCAUUGUGCGUCGUCUGUGGAGAGAGGGGCCAUGGGAGGAAGCUGUACUAUUGCAAGAAAUUUAAAACACUUGGAGUAGCAGAAAAGAAAGAGGCAGUGAAGAAACUUGGUGCUUGUGGGAGGUGUCUUGAGGUUCACGACACCGAUGCAGAAUGCAAGACAACCUUCCUGUGCAAAAACGAUCGGUGUAAAAGCAUUCACGGCCCGGGUCAUCACUAUUACCUCUGUCCCAAGGGGGGAAGCAAGGAAGAUGGACUAAGGAGACUGAAGCCCAGCCCAGGAAGGGGCGAGGGAAAACAUUACACAGAGACCCAGGAGGAGUUCCUGACGGGCCUGGCCCCCGACUUGGCUCAGCGGUGUCGAAAUGUGUUCUGUAAUUCUGUCUCAAAGGCAUUUAGUUCAACCUUGACAGAGAACGGCCUUGAUGAGUUCCCGGUCGUAAUGAUGAUCCUUGAAGUCACUGCGAAUGCUGGCCAGAAGAUUGGUACCUUGAUAGACUUGGCAUCCGAUACUAAUUACAUCACUCAUGAGGCGGCAGGUGAGCUGAAUUUGAGGAGCGAGGAUGUCACGCUCACAGUCCAUGGAGUUGGCGGGAUGCAAGUAACGGUUGAGACCAAGCGGUAUCUACUGAAGAUCCGGGUCACAACGCCAAGGGGAACCUUGAGAUCCCACCAGCUUGUGUGUUACGGGUUGGAUAGCAUCGCAGAAGUCCAUCAGCACGUGCUACCCAAGAGACUACAAAAAAUAUUUCCCGACAUUCCCCUCCACGAGCUGAUCCGUCCUACUAAAAUAAAGCUGCUCAUCAGUCAUAAAGAAGGCCAGCUCGUCCCUCAGAAGGUGCGCUCCGUAGGUGACCUUGUGUUGUGGGACGGCCCCCUUGGCAAAACAGUGGGCGGUUCUCAUCCGGAGCUUUUUGAAAAUGUUACAGUCACGGCCCAUGGCUCCAGAGCGCAUUUUGCACGCUCCAUGCGGACAGCGGCUGCGCAGUAUAAAGAAGUCAGCUGUAAUGGCUCAGCUAGACCGCCUUCAUUCACUCAAGCCACUACGUGUGCUGCCGGCCGAGACUUCAUGAACUGGUGGAGGUGGGAUAGCAUCGGUGCUGCCUGUGAACCCAGGUGUGGCGGUUGUAGAUGUGGAAACUGUCAACCUGGGGGAAAGGAGAUGACCAUUUCUGAGGAGCGGGAGCUGGAGCAAAUAAAGAGUGGAUUGACAUAUGUAAGCGGAGAUCAUCACAGUGAGAAGCCGCAUUGGCAUGCAAAGUACCCCUGGAUGGAGGAUCCGGAGACGUUGCCCAACAAUAGGAGGGCUGUCGAAGCAACAUUCCUGAGGACUGAAAAGCAGUUGGCAAGAGAGCCAGAGUGGAAGAACGCCUACAAAACGCAGGUUCGGGACAUGGUGGAGCGAGGUGCUGCUGUCAACCUGAUGAAAGAAGAGCUGAUGAGCUGGACUGGACCCGUGUGGUAUGUUAGCCAUCUGAUUGCUCCAAACCCCCACUCUGUUACCACGCCGGUCCGCCUUGUAUGGAAUAGCAGUCAGAAAUUCAGGGGCCAGAGCCUGAAUGAUCUACUUAUCAAGGGUCCAGAUGUCCUCAAUGACAUCCGUGCUGUCCUCUUACGGUUUCGGCAAGGUGCUUUUGCUGCGCUAGGGGACAUCAAAAAAAUGUAUAAUUCUGUAUGGCUCGAGGACCAGGAGGUACAUCUUCAUCGAUUCUUAUGGAGAGACUCUGAGGGGGAGGACAUUCAGGAGUAUGCGAUUACGAGGGUCAACAUCGGAGAUAAGCCAGCGGGCUGCAUCGCGCAAGUCGCCAUGCGUGAGACCGCAAAUCUGCCAAUGUUCAACCACUUCUCAGAAGAGCGCCGAGCACUGGAACAAGAUGCGUAUGUGGACGACAUCCUGACCUCGCACAAUGACCUGAGCCAGCUAAAGAAAAUAACAGCCAAUGUUGAGCAAAUCCUGGAAGCUGGCGGAUUCUAUAUGAAGCCGUGGGUCUACUCAGGCCAAAGUGGGAGGCAAGGACCCAGUGACAUGGAGAGGGUAGAACCCCCGGUGAUGGUCCUUCCUAACCAACUCUCAGACGAGAACAAUAAAGCUCUGGGUCUUGGCUAUGAUCCAGAGAGCGACAAACUUCGUUUGAUGGUAGCUGUGAACUUCUCCAAAAGAAAGAAGAAAAUGAGGUUGGGGGAAAAUCUGUUGAAGGAUGAAAUAAGGACACAGGUGCCAAAUCCGCUCACCCGUAGAGAGCUCCUAAGUCAAGUGUCAGGGUUGUACGAUCCCCUCGGUCUUGUGACACCCGUGAAGCAGAAGGGAGCCAUCUUGGUGAGAAGAGCUUUUCAAGAAGCACGGGUCAAAUGUAGCCCAUCAGAGAAUACAUGGGACAUACCUUUAUCCGAGGGCCUCCGGGAAGACGCUAUCUGCCUUUUUGAGGAUUAUGCUGAUCUUGUCCAGCUGAGAUUUGACAGAGCCUUGUCACCUCCUGACCCACCAGCCGAGCCCCUCGGGAUCACGUUCUCUGAUGGCAGCGAAUGCUCGUAUGGCGCUGUAGUGUACCUACGGUGGGAGUUGGCACGAGGUGUGAUCAUACGGCUAGUCGAAUCCAAGGCUAGGCUGACGCCUUUAGACCACAAGGGCGAUGCCGUUAAAGCUGAGGUUUGUGGAGCUGUCUACGCUGCCCGUCUGAAGAAGUAUUUCCAGAAGCAUGGCAGGAUUCAUGUAGCGAGGUGGUACCACCUCGUGGACAGCCAGACAGUCCUGGGAGCUGUCCAGCGCGAAAGCUACGGAUACCAGACAUUCUUUGCGAAUAGAAUUGGGGAAAUUCAAGGCAGCACAAACGUCCAAGACUGGUGGUGGGUUCCCGGACCACUCAAUGUAGCGGAUAUCAUCUCCAGAGGGGCAAGCCCCAAGGAGUUGGACGAAGGCACAGAGUGGCAACUGGGUCCCAAGUUCUUAAAUCUCCCGGAGAGUGAGUGGCCGGUGAAGUCCGCCAAGGAUGUUGCCGUUGAAGCAAGAGAGAACCUCGCCCGAAUCCAAAAGAAGACUUUUGUUGCUGCUCUUACCCGGGCUGGAGCGAGCAAGGAGUCCAAGCAGGAUCCAACUUUGGCCUCUGGAGAUCUGCAUAGGCCACCAGCUGGAGUAGCAGCCACAAACCUGUUGGACACCAAGCGGUUCAGUAGCCUAGCACGACUGAUAAAGUCACUAGCACUGGUCUGGAGGGCGGCAAGGAAGUAUCUUCGUGGCAGAGCCUGGGGUAGAUCACAGUGGGAGGCAGUCCCGUUGGCUGGGAUCAUCACUGUGGCCGAGCGGGAGGACGCCUUCAGAGACCUGUGUCUAGCAGCACAAGGGGGAGUGACCUUUCCCAGCACCACAACAGACCGACUAGUCGUGUACAAGGAUGAAGCUAAUCUCUUCUGGAGGACCUGUACACCUUCCUGCGAGGUCAAGAUACAGCAAGCCUGGAGGAGUAUGCUACAAGGAAUGGGACCAGCUGGAUGUGGAAAGUGCUCCCUGCCGAUUCACCACAUCGAAACGGAGCUGCUGAAGCUGCCGUAA